AUGAAGACUGAGCAGCAUCCGGCCCCGGGACAUCAAGGUGAUUGGUGUACAACCCCCCCCCGCUACUGUCUUUAUUUGGCAGGAUACACUCCCUCCACUGGGACACCCUCCCUCCACCGGGAAACCCUCCCUCCACCGGGAAACCCUCCCUCCACCGGGACACCCUCCCUCCACCGGGACACACUCCCUCCACCGGGAAACCCUCCCUCCACCGGGACACCCUCUCUCCACCGGGACACCCUCCUUCCACUGGGAUACCCUCCACUGGGAUACCCUCCCUCCACCGGGACACCCUCUCUCCACCGGGACACCCUCCUUCCACCGGGAAACCCUCCCUCCACCGGGACACCCUCUCUCCACCGGGACACCCUCUCUCCACCGGGACACACUCCCUCCACCGGGAAACCCUCCCUCCACCGGGACACCCUCUCUCCACUGGGAUACCCUCCCUCCACCGGGACACCCUCUCUCCACCGGGACACCCUCCUUCCACCGGGAAACCCUCCCUCCACCGGGACACCCUCUCUCCACCGGGACACCCUCCUUCCACUGGGACACCCUCUCUCCACUGGGACACCCUCCUUCCACUGGGACACCCUCCUUCCACUGGGAUACCCUCCACUGGGAUACCCUCCCUCCACCGGGACACCCUCCCUCCAACGGGACACCCUCUCUCCACUGGGACACCCUCCCUCCACUGGGACACCCUCCUUCCACUGGGAUACCCUCCCUCCAAUGCUAUAA